AGUACUGUACGACCAGACCCCCUUGCUGGCGUCUCCAUCUGUCCAUCUUCCAAUUUCCCUGGCCAAGGGCAUCCCUACCCGCAUUGUCCAAAUUCAUGCUCAUUUCACUUUCAAUGAACUGUAGCUUAUGGUUUGCCCUUCUUUCCCUCUUCCUCGUCGCCUAUCACGUCGUUUCGUCCCUUGGCCUUCCUUUUUUUUUUUCUUUUUUUUUUCUCUUCAAGACGAGGCUUGGAAUACUAGUUCUUUGCGAAGUUGUGUCAAUAGUUGCACACACAUAAUUGGGAGACGGUGUGGUUUUAUUUCUGCAUACACCUCAGGCUCUCUUAAGGCUCCUCUUAUCAAAUACCUUACCCAAUACCUUACCUGGUAAACUCUCCUAACUACCGUUAUUGUUACCCCCUUCUUUUUUUUUAUCAUUCUUUUUUUAUUAUUAUUGAGGGACCAUUCAUCAACCUUCUCUAAUUCUUCUUGAUAAUUGCGCUGUUGGUCGCGGCCCCCUAAUUAGUUCCCACGCGUCCUUCGAUCACGUUGAACUGUGCAUUAGUUAGCAAUUUCGUUAACUCAAUUGCCAGCUGAGUUUCCAAUUAAACUCAGUUAAGCGCCGGUGAAGGAAACAAUAAGCCUAAGUUGGUGUAUGCUUUGUGGAUUUGGGAAGAUCAAUUCCUUCUUCUACCUGCUACUAAUUGCCAAACCUACCUAUUAUACCAUUGUCGA